CUCUCUCUGAAGGAAAGAAAACCAGCUUACCUCCUCGAGUGGGGCAGAAGGAGUCUCCAGCACAAGCUGCAUCGAGUAAUUCAUCGCCAGAAGUUUCUCGUGAGGAGCUGAUGCCGCUUUCUGACGGACUGUAGAGGCUCGUGGAUGAAGAUGUUGAGAGAUCUGAACAUCAUAAAUCCAUAAGGAGCUUCAUUCAUCUGCGGACUGAGGUGUGUAAACAUUGUGAGGUCAGAGGAUCAGGGCAGACACGUUCACAGACAGACAGAGACAGACGCAGGCCGGCCGUCAGUGUGGAGUAACUGUGGAGGGAGCAGCGUGUGCGUGCGUGUGUUUCCAUGCCCUGUUCGUGCGGGCGGGUGGCUCGAGUCUCAGGGAUGGAGCUUCAGGUUCGGACGGUUGGGACCCGCUGGAUACCACUGCUGCUUCUGCUGGGUGUGCUGUGGCUGCGCUCGUCUGCUCAGGCGAACGUGCUGGAAAGCAUGUUACAGAGGAAUUCUGGGAAGGUGACGGCGGACGGCGGGAAGGAGAGCAGCGGCAGCGACUCUUACACAGACACUGGGAACGCUCGUCUGAGGAGGAUCCUGGAAUGCUGCAUGGAUCAGGAUUUCUGUAACCGAGACCUCCAUCCGACGCUGCCUCCACUCAAGAGACCCGGAUAUGAACACCUGCUCUCUUCCCAUCAGGACACUGGGAACGCUCGACUGAGGAGGAUCCUGGAAUGCUGCACAGAUCAGGAUUUCUGUAACCGAGACCUCCAUCCGACUCUGCCUCCGCUCAAGAGACCCGAUCAGGACAGCAGAAUUCAUCACACGGCUCUGUUCACCUCCGUGAGCAUCUGCUGCGUCAUGCUGAUCUUCAUCAUCAUAUACUGCUAUCACAGGUAUAACCGUCAGGUGACACGGGCGCGCUACAGCAUGGGUCUGGAGCAGGAUGAGAGCUUCAUUCCCGCCGGAGAAUCUCUGAAGGAUCUGAUCGAACAGUCUCAGAGCUCCGGCAGCGGAUCAGGACUCCCUCUGCUGGUGCAGCGAACCAUCGCCAAACAGAUCCAGAUGGUGAAGCAGAUCGGGAAGGGCCGUUACGGCGAGGUGUGGAUGGGCCGCUGGAGGGGCGAACGGGUCGCCGUCAAGGUCUUCUUCACCACAGAAGAGGCCAGCUGGUUCAGAGAGACCGAGAUCUACCAGACUGUCCUGAUGAGACACGAGAACAUCCUCGGUUUCAUCGCGGCGGAUAUCAAGGGCACGGGCUCGUGGACGCAGCUGUAUCUGAUCACGGACUAUCACGAGAACGGCUCGCUGUACGACUACCUGAAAUCCACCACACUGGACAGCAAAGCGCUGCUGCGGCUGGCGUACUCCGCCGUCUCCGGCCUCUGCCACCUGCACACCGAGAUCUUCGGCACACAGGGCAAACCGGCCAUCGCUCACCGAGACCUGAAGAGCAAAAACAUCCUGGUGAAGAAGAACGGCACCUGCUGCAUCGCUGACCUCGGGCUCGCUGUCAAAUUCAUCAGUGACACUAAUGAAGUGGACAUCCCGCCCAACACGCGGGUCGGCACCAAACGCUACAUGCCUCCGGAGGUGCUGGACGAGAGCCUGAACCGCUGUCAUUUCCAGUCCUACAUCAUGGCAGACAUGUACAGCUUUGGCCUGAUCCUGUGGGAGAUGGCCAGGAGAUGUGUGUCCGGCGGGAUCGUGGAGGAGUAUCAGCUGCCGUAUCACGAGCUGGUGCCGACGGACCCGUCCUACGAGGACAUGAGGGAGGUGGUGUGCAUCAAGAGACAGAGACCUUCGUUUGCGAACCGCUGGAGCAGUGAUGAGUGUCUGCGGCUGAUGGGCAAACUGAUGACCGAAUGCUGGGCUCACAAUCCCGCGUCCCGUCUGACCGCCCUGCGGGUGAAGAAGACGCUCGCCAAGAUGUCCGAGUCUCAGGACAUCAAACUGUGAGCCGAAAGUCAGUCCGUCCCGAGAGUCUGGGGAGAAAGAGCGGCUUUAUCCUGCUUUCUGUGAAAGUUCACUCGAGCCGCUUGCCCUGCAGGCCAUCACGGGUCACACACCUUCAGAUAAACUCUGACCGUCACUCCAUCCAACAUCAUCAAACCAUAAACACUGUUCAAUCUGCAACUCAAACUCUCAACAUUCAUCCAGACACAACUAAACCAUUCAAUGAACUUUGACCCACCCAACAGUAACAAACAAUGCUUUUUCCUCACGUUCUCCAGAAGACAAACAGAAAUGAUGGCCAGGUUUUCACGCUGUAGAAAUAUGUCCUUGUAAAAUAUGAUUGUAUAUGUCAUGAGUUAUAGAAAGAUGUUUUCUUGCAUUACAAGAACGUUUAUACAGAAUGCUUUCUUUCAUGUUGCCUUGUGCCUUAUUUAACACACACAUGUAAAAGUUUAAUAUUUCAUAGUUCUAUGUAAAUGGAGUGACAACUAAAUGUACGUGUUUAACAUUCCUGUCCCUUUAAUAAACUCAACUCAAUUCUGACAUGC